UCAUACAACAAUAUAUAAUCUUUCUUUACUACACCAAUAAAUCUAACAUCAAAUCCCUUUUCAUAUACCUCUUCAAAUCCAAAACAAGAGGAAAAAAAAAUAUAUUUGAAAAGCAAAAUCAAUAUGUCUUGUAAUUUCCACUUCUUAUUGAUUCUUGUUUUCUUGAUUUCACUUCAUGAAUUACCAACAAUUUCCACCUCAUCAUCAAUUGAUUUGAUUCAAAAAACAUGUAAAAACACAAAAUACUAUGAUCUUUGUGUAUCAUCUCUCAAAUCAGAUUCCACAAGCCUCAAAGCAGACACAAAAGGCUUAGCAACUAUCAUGGUCAAAAUUGGAAUGGUCAAUGCCACAGCCACAAACAAUUUUCUUUCAUCACAUGAAUUAGUACUUAACACUACUAAUAAUUACACAAAAAAUGAUUUGGUAUUAGUGAAGAAACUCAUCAAGGAUUGUGCUGAUAAAUAUGCAUUAGCUACUAAUGCACUUCAAGAUUCACUUCAAGAUUUGAAUAAUGAAGUUUAUGACUAUGCUUACAUGCAUGUUAUGGCGGCUGCGGAUUAUCCUAAUGUUUGUCAUAAUGGAUUUAAGAGGAAUCCAAGAUUGGAUUAUCCAACUCAACUUGCUAUUAGGGAAGAUGGAUUUAAACAUAUUUGUGAUGUGGUUUUAGGUAUUCUUGAUGCUCUUGGUUGGUGAAAAAAAAAUAAUCCCUUUUUUUAAUUUAUUGUUUUCAUGUUAUAUGAAAUGUAAACUUUUUCUAUUAUUAUAUAUGUGUUUAGUUUGUCUUUAUCUAUGUGUAGAUUUAAAGAAAUGAGGAUUUGUAUGUUGCCUUUAAUUGUUCACUCUUUUUAUGUAUUGAGAGUUUACCUUUUUAUGCAAGGCACUUUUAGUCUA